AUGGCUAACGAUGCCGUUCACUGGCUGGGCGCCAGGGACGAUGCGAGUGAGAUCAAGGACACCACGCCGUCCCUGUCAGGCUUGAUCACCGUCCUAGUCCCCGCGCUUAUCUCCUUCGUUGUGAUGGUGUUACUGUUCAUCAUCCUGCGCAAGAGCAAUCGUAGGAUGUACAUGCCCCGAACCUACAUUGGAUACCUCCGUCCCUGGCAACGCACUCCCGACUCUCCGACCGGAGCAUGGAACUGGAUCAAGGCCAUGUACCAGCUCCCUGAUACCUACGUGCUGCAGCACCACUCGAUGGACGCCUACCUCAUGCUUCGUUUCCUCAAACUGUGCUCCGUCAUCCUGUUUGUGGGGUGCUGUAUCACUUUCCCCAUCUUGUGGCCCGUCAAUGCCACAGGUGGUAAUAACAAGAUUCAGCUGAACCUUCUGAGCAUUUCGAACAUCCACGAAACUCAAUAUGCUCGUUACUACGCCCAUUGCUUCUGCGCCUGGAUCUUUGUCGCCUUCGUCUUCUUCAUGGUGACCCGCGAACACCUGUUCUAUAUUAAUUUGCGCCAGGCGUACCUUUUCUCCCCCGCCUAUGCUAGCCGCAUCUCGUCUCGCACUGUUUUGUUUACAGCCGUCACCAAGGACCUCCUAAACAAGGACAAGCUUCGCACUAUGUUCGGCCGCGACAAGGUCAAAAAUGUCUGGAUCGCAACUGAUACCAAGGAGCUCGAGGAGAAGGUCAAGGAGCGUGAUGCCGCUGCGAUGAAGCUCGAGGGUGCGGAGACCAAGCUCAUUGUGCUUGCUAACAAGGCGCGCAACAAGGCCAUGAAGAAGCAGGGCUCGACUGAGAACCCCGAGACCGAUGUGGUUGAUGGCCAAUUUGAUGAUGAGUCUGGUUCAGUCGCUGCCCGUUGGGUGGAGGCUAAGAACCGUCCCACCCACCGCCUCAAGAUGCUUAUUGGCAAGAAGGUCGACACUAUCAACUGGGCUCGCUCGGAAAUCGAGCGUCUUUCUCCCGAAAUCGAGGAAUUACAGGCCAAGCACCGUGCUGGAGAAACCGAUCUGGUCUCCUCCGUCUUUGUUGAGUUCUACCACCAGGCUGAUGCCCAGGCUUCCUUCCAAUCCGUGGCCCACAACCUUCCCCUGCACAUGAGCCCUCGCUAUAUUGGCUUAGACCCUACUCAGGUUAUCUGGUCUAACCUCCGCAUCAAGUGGUGGGAACGCCUCGGUCGCCACGCUGCCACUGUCGGCUUUGUUUGUGCUAUGAUCAUCUUUUGGGCCAUCCCUACUGCCGUUGUUGGUGCUAUCUCCAACAUUGACUCUUUGACUAAGAUUGUUCCUUUCCUGAAGUUCAUCGACAGUGUUCCGUCAUGGAUUAAGGGUGUGAUUACCGGUCUCCUGCCCACUGUUAUGAUGGCUGUCCUCAUGGCCCUGGUACCUAUCAUCCUUCGGCUGAUGGCCAAGUUGGGAGGUGAUCCUACUCUCGCCGCCGUUGAGCUGACCGUCCAGAACUGGUUCUUCGCUUUCCAAGUUGUUCAGGUCUUCCUGGUGGUCACCGUUGCCUCCUCAGCCGCCAGUGUCGUCGACAGUAUCAUCAAGAACCCCACUUCUGCCGCCUCGCUGCUGGCCCAGAAGAUCCCUACCGCAUCCAACUUCUACAUCUCCUACAUUAUUCUACAGGGAUUGUCUUUCAGCGCCGGUGCUCUUCUCCAGAUUGUCGGCCUGAUCCUCAGCAAGGUCCUGGGCAGGUUGCUGGAUAGCACUCCUCGCAAGAUGUACGCUCGUUGGUCAAGCUUGGCUGGUCUCGGAUGGGGCACUGUCUACCCUGCCUUCACAUUGUUGACCGUUGUUGCCAUUGUCUACUCUUGCAUCGCUCCGCUUGUCAUGGGUUUCGGUACCAUUGGUCUCUACCUGUUCUAUUUCGCCUACCGCUACAACCUGUUGUAUGUGUCGAACGCAACCAUCGACACCCAGGGUAGGUGCUACACCCGUGGUCUGCAGCAUCUGACUGUCGGCUGCUACCUGUCCAUGGUUUGUCUGAUUGGUCUGUUCGCCAUUGGCACCGGUGCCAACAGGAUGGCUCUUGGUCCUCUGAUCUUGAUGAUCAUCUUCUUGGUCUUUGUGAUCCUGUUCCACCUCUCGAUGAACACCGCUAUGGAGCCCCUCCUCAACUACUUGCCCAAGAACCUCGAGUCAGAGGAGGAGGGUCUGCUCGCCGCUGAGAAGGUCAACAACCUCAGCGCCUUGAAUGAGAAGUCCAAGUCCGAAGACCCGACCGUCGGUGCCUCCAUCUCGGCCCCCCGCGACAGCGGGCUCGGCAAUGUUGACAACGGUCUCGGCAGCGUCGACUCUGCCGAGAAAGGUCUCACUGAGACCCCGUCGCCAGCGCCCAAGCCGAACGUGUUCACCAAGUUCCUGCGCCCCGACCUGUACCACAGCUACCACGAGAUGCGCAAGCUGGUCCCCGGUGCCGCUGACAUUGUCUCUUAUCCCGCCGAGGCCGAGCGUGAUGCCUACUGCCACCCGUCCGUCACCUCGCAACCCCCUCUCCUCUGGAUUCCCCGUGAUCGUCUCGGAGUCAGCUCCCAGGAAGUCGCCCACACUAUGCGCGUCAUCCCCAUCACGGACGAGGACGCCUAUCUCGACGAGAACUGCAAGGUCAAGUGGAACGAGGAGAAGGGCGAGCCUCCCAUCUACGAGGAGAAGAUUGCCUACUAA